GCCAGUGAAAGCACUAGAUGUGUCCAGCACACCUGAAGAACUGCACCAGGCUCAUCCCAGCAUGCAUUACCGAACGCUCAUGAUGUACACUGAAAUAGGGUGCUUCGUAGCGUGCGUUUGCGGGUGGAUCUUGGUUUGUUCCACAAUGCCGACAAAUUAUUGGACUUAUUCUGAAGUGGAGAGUUUAGUUCUGACAUCUGGCCACUACUUCUCCAACCUCUGGAAAGACUGUCUGACUGACUCCACGGGCGUUUCUGACUGCAAAGAGUUUCCCACCCUGCUGGCUCUGCAGACAUACAUUCAUCUGUGCCGAUCUCUCGUCAUCAUCUCCAUAAUUCUGGGAUUCUUCGGGUCCAUUCUUGCUUUGGUGGGGAUGAAGUGCACAAAACUCGGAGGCUCUGAAAUCAUGAACGCGAGAGUUACCUUUGCUGCAGGGAUGAAUUACCUUCUAUCAGGUCUCUGCGGUAUGUUUGCUUACAGCUGGUAUGCCCACAAGGUUAUUUCUGAGUUCAUGGAUCCGAAUUACAAAGCAAAAAAGUUUGAGCUGGGAUCAGCUCUGUUUGUGGGAUGGGGCGGCUCGGCUCUCCUCGUGGUGGGAGGAUUUGUGUACAGCGUCACUGCAGGGAAGGAGGGCCUCCAAUCCAGCUCCAAGACCCAAGAGAUGUCUUACCACACUCCUUCCUCCAAUCUCUCUGAAGCGAACCAGAAGACAUCCAGUCCUCCGCUGUCGCCCAUCCCUGACAGAGCAAACCAGAAGACCAGCAAACCUCCCAAAGGGUCUCACGCCGUGGACGCUUACGUCUGAUGGGUUCCCUUCAUAUAAUCUGAGUGCUUUACAGCUUUCAGAGUUCAUUUGGAAAAUGUCCUUAGUGGUAGUUUGAGGAAAGUCUUUUGUAACACCAUGACCACAGUGAUUGAAACACUGGUGUUUCAGUCAAAAACUGAAAGAAUGGUUUGAUCAAACUGAACUGGAUCUGUGCUAAUAAAGAUUCUAGUCAAUCCUGA